AGGCCCGAAUGGGGGGCUGCCCUCCUUUUGGGGAGCCCCGGUGCUAGCGCUCGCGACCCCCGAGGGCGUUGGGGAGAGCACUCGGCUAUUUUGAAACUCUUUGGCAGUUCCUGUCCAUUGAAGAUAAUCUGCUUCGUCUUGAUUCUGCAGCAUUCCACACUCUGGUAUCCUUGGGGGUCUCUUAACAGUGCUAUGGUGCAGAAGAUUUAAAAUCAGCUGAUGUUCACAAGGAAUAGAGUCACGUGAUGUAUGAAGGGAAACAUAUACACUUCUCUGAGGUUGACAAUAAGCCCUUGUGCUCAUAUAGCCCCAAACUGUGCAAGCAGCGGCGACUCAACGGCUACGCUUUCUGUAUCAGACACGUUCUGGAGGACAAGACUGCCCCCUUCAAGCAAUGUGAAUAUGUGGCCAAGUAUAACAGCCAACGCUGCACCAACCCCAUCCCCAAGUCAGAGGAUCGUAGGUACUGCAACAGCCACUUGCAGGUACUUGGCUUUAUCCCGAAAAAAGAGAGGAAGAAAAAGAAUGAUCCUAUAGAUGAGGUGAAGGUCAGGCACCAGAUGGAUGCCAUGGCCUUCGGCCUGACGGUGCCCACUUUGGCCUUGAAGAUGCCCAACGGACUGGAUGGAAUGUCCCUCUCUCCACCGGGGGCCAGAGUCCCUCUCCACUACCUGGAAACUGAGUUGGAAGACCCCUUUGCUUUCAACGAGGAAGAUGAUGACCUGAAGAAAGGGGCCACUGUGAGAAAGAAGUUGCAGAGCAAGUUGGCCCAGAAUCGGCAGCGCCAGAGAGAGACCGAGAUUUUAAAAGUUCGGCAAGAGCACUUUAGUCCCCCUCCUGCACCUUCACAGCAGCCGCCCCCGCAGCAGCACUCCCACCUGUCACCUUUGUCCACUUCUUUAAAACCUUCCGCGCCACCACCGCAGGGUUUAGUCUGCAAGUCACCUCCACCUCAGAACACCAGCCUACCAAUGCAGGGAGUGGCCCCCACCACACACACUAUAGCACAAGCCAGGCAGCUGUCUCACAAGAGGCCUCUGCCCCUCCUGCCAUCCAGUAGGGCUCCUGUCGUGGACCCGCCCAGGACUGACCGGGUCCUUAUGAAAGCCACAGCCUUCUCUCCACACUUCUCUUGUAUAAGUCGGCUGCAGAGACUGGUGAAACUGUGCACCCAGAAACAUCAGUUGGACACUGAUCUGUUUCCCCAUUUAGGGUUGGACUGGUCUGAAGAAAGCGGAGAGGAACUGGAGGACUCAGAGCAGGCCUCGCCAUACCAGGUUGCAUGGUCCAUCCGAGAAACCCUCAGAUAUGAAAGACACACGUCUGAUGACGAUGAUAUGGAGAGUAGGAGCUCCAGGGUGACCCAACUUUGCACUUACUUUCAGCAGAAAUAUAAGCACCUCUGCCGCCUGGAGCGGGCAGAGUCUCGUCAAAAGAAAUGCCGGCAUACGUUAAGGAAAGCCUUGCUGCAGGCGGCUAGUAGAGAACCAGAGUGUACUGGUCAGUUAAUGCAAGAACUGCAGAGAGCUGCAAGCAGUCGAACCAGCAUAAGGCGGACCAAGUUGAGGGAGGUGGAACCAGCAGCAUGCAGUGGAACAGUGAAGGGUGAACAGUGCACGAACAAAGCCCUUCCAUUCACCAGACAUUGUUUCCAACAUAUCCUCUUGAACCGCUCUCAGCAGCUCUUCUCAAGCUGCACGGCCAAGUUUGCAGAUGGACAGCAGUGCUCUGUGCCCGUAUUUGACAUCACACACCAGACACCUCUGUGCGAAGAACAUGCCAAAAAAAUGGAUAAUUUCUUAAGAGGAGAUAGCUCCCGUAAAGUUCAGCACCAGCAGCAGAGGAAACCCAGGAAAAAAACCAAGCCUCCUGCACUUACCAAAAAACACAAGAAGAAGAGAAGGCGUGGACCUCGUCGACCCCAAAAACCCAUUCCCCCUGCAGUCCCCCAAGGGAACCUCAGCAUGCCCACCAGCGUCUCACUGCCAGUGGGGGCCUCUCAGAUCCGGAGCCCGUCCACGCCUGAGCUGAGUGCUGACGAGUUACCGGACGACAUUGCCAAUGAGAUCACUGACAUUCCACAUGACUUGGAAUUGAACCAGGAGGACUUUUCCGAUGUCCUGCCACGGCUCCCUGACGACUUACAGGAUUUUGAUUUCUUUGAAGGAAAGAAUGGAGACCUCCUCCCAACCACCGAAGAGGCUGAGGAACUUGAACGGGCUUUGCAGGCUGUAACUUCUCUCGAGUGCCUGAGUACCAUUGGCGUACUUACCCAGUCAGAUGGUGUGCCAGUCCAGGAAUUGUCAGACAGAGGAAUAGGGGUGUUCUCCACAAGUACUGGAGCUUCAGGAAUUCAGUCCUUGAGCCGAGAAGUAAACACGGACCUCGGGGAGCUGUUGAACGGGCGCAUAGUACACGAUAAUUUUUCUAGUCUAGAGCUGGAUGAGAACCUGCUCCGUUCUGCUACCUUGUCUAACCCACCUACACCCCUGGCAGGGCAGAUCCAAGGGCAGUUCUCUGCCCCAGCCAACGUUGGCCUUACUUCUGCCACUCUGAUCAGCCAGAGUGCACUUGGGGAGAGAGCCUUCCCAGGACAGUUUCAUGGACUUCAUGAUGGCAGCCAUGCCUCCCAGAGGCCACACCCUGCCCAGCUGCUGAGCAAGGCAGAUGACCUAAUCACCUCACGACAGCAAUACAGCAGUGAUCAGUCACACUCCUCGCCCCAUGGAAGCCAUUAUGAUAGCGAGCACGUGCCGUCUCCCUACAGUGACCAUAUCACCUCUCCCCACACAUCUUACUCUGGUGAUACUAUGGCAGCUACCUUUUCAGCAGAGAUGCCCAUCAUGACGCAGCACUUGCUCCCAACCCAACUCGAGGUGCCACUUGGAGGAGUCGUAAACCCCAGGACUCACUGGGGCAAUCUCCCUGUCAACCUUGGAGAUCCCUCUCCAUUUAGCAACCUUCUCGACGCAGAUGGACAUCUUCUUUCCACGUCCCUAUCCACGCCACCCACCACUUCGAACUCAGAGACCACACAGCCUGCCUUCGCCACCGUAACCCCCAGCAGCUCCAGUGUGCUCCCGGGGUUACCGCAGACCAGCUUCAGUGGCAUGGGGCCUUCUGCUGAACUAAUGGCCUCCACCUCUCCCAAGCAGCAGCUCCCUCAGUUCAGCGCAGCCUUCGGCCACCAGCUGAGUUCUCACAGUGGCAUUCCUAAGGACCUGCAGCCCAGCCACAGCUCUAUAGCGCCUCCUACAGGCUUCACAGUAACAGGUGCCACAGCUACAAGUACCAAUAAUGCAUCCUCUCCCUUUACCUCCCUAACUGAGUGGUGUCUGUGUGUUUGCAGGCAGGUGGGGAACCUGGUGUUUUCUAUCUUUGUUUCCUCUUUAUCACUCCUUUCCCCUUUUCCUAAAGAAGAUUUUAAAAAUAACAGAUGGGGACUAGAGGGGAACUCCCUUUUCCAGUUAAACAAGUUACCCUGCAGUGGACCUUGCUUCAGUGUUCACAUGUGCUCCUUUGCACUGGUGCUCAUUCCCUUCUGGCAGGGUCACUCUACCCCAGUGGUUUCCUUAGUGGCUCAGCACAGUGACUGGACAGAAGCGACUUUUAGCAGCGAGUCCUAGAAGUGGAAGAUACCUCAGAUUACCAGUGCCCUGUUUCCUAGGAUUCAGAUCAAUGCUUUCCAUUCGAUUACCAGGUAUUUACAUAGGUGGUUCUUGCUAGAAUGAUGCUCUUCAUUGCGUCUCUGUGUGUAAGACGUAGCAAAUGGUGUGCAGCGGCAGAUCAAGACAAGGCUCUGACUUAGCACCAACUGCUCACUACCACAUGAGGCCAGGAGUCCAUUCCUAAUUGUGAUCAUGUUUAAUUAAAAAGAAAAACACGAGUCUUUUGACUGCCUGUGUGUAUGUGUGCUCCCUCCUGUGUGUGUUUUGUGUAGGGCAGGAAGCAGCUGUCCCAUUGUUGUUUUUUUUCCUAAUGAGUAUAAGGCUCUUCUCCUUUCCCAAAUCUCACAACCCUAAUAAGGUUGGUCAUUCUUUCCCACUGAGUUAACUAAGUUUCUUUACUAAAGAGGGUGGUGGUCUGGUCGCGUGAAUAGCACAACCCUUUUCUGCUAAGUUAUGCCGGAACACAAAAAGCUGGAUUCACAUUAGUGCCGUGGGGAUGUCCUGAAAAGCUCGCCUGGAGUGACUGCAGGGUGGCUGAAAUUCUGAGGUCUGGUGGUUAUAUUGCCUUUUAGACACGCAUUUGUUCCUAAAUCCCUCUGUCAUGGAAUACAUUCGCAAGAUGUAAUUAAAGAAAAUACUUCGAUGUGAAACACAGGAUAGGUCAGAUAGAUUUGGAAAGAUGGGAUCUGUGAACUUCUUGAUCCAUCUUUUGCUUUUAAAUUUUUCAUGUUUACAGUAGUGAUUCUUUGGUGAGAUUUGUAAAAUGUUGAAGACGCUUGUGGAAUCAAUGUGCCAGUUGUGAAGUGAUAUGUAAUAUCUGAAGGAUACACAUUUUAAAGUUUCUUUCAAAGCAGAAUAUGGAAAUGAGACAUAAAUUUUACCUACCCUUUGGUACUUUUAAAAUAACUUAAGUACUUAGGUUUAAUUUUGGGGAAAUUGUUUUAAAGUACCAGGAUUUUAGGCUUAAAAAUCAUGGUGGGUAGUUUAGUAAGUUGGUGACUAUGAAAUGAACAUGUGAGUUUUCUUUUUACCUGCCUUCUCCUUGCCCUCCCAUGUCCUCCCAGAAGAAGGUGGGACUAGAUUUAAAGGCAUCUGUGCUCUGCUUUUGCCGAGAUGGUUCACUGCCCCUUGAGAUACCAUUGGCUAUUUAUACCUGAGUCUAGUCUAACUUACAUAUAUAUAUUUUAAAAGAUGAUUAGAGAGAGCAUAUCUAUUAAUGAUGUGAUAUAAUGAUUCAUUUGUCAGGGAAUAUUUGAUCUUAAUUCCUUUUCAAUAGGUAAAGAUUUGGAUGUAUUUUCCUACUUCCUAUAAGUAUUCUCUUUAUGCCAUGCUAAUUCUAACCAAUCCCUUCUUUUGAAAGCUUUUCUUUCUCUGCUUUUUAAAGGAAUGAUGGUGAUCAGCAGGCAUUAUGCAGAUACCACGUGCCUGAGAUUAUGGAGGGGAAAUGUCACAUGACUGUAUGAAACCAUUAUAUGCCCUAUUUUGUAUUUAUUGAAGUUUCUUUUUGUGGGCCAAAAAUAAGUUUGUAAUAUAUUUAGUUUUUUUUAAUCAUGAUAAUUGGAAGAUUUAUUUUUUAAUAGCUUCGUCUUUUUUGCAGAUUGAGAAAUUUCUAAAUUAUAAAUUAUGUCACAAAGCAAAAUUAUAUUUGGUAUCACCAUAAAUUUCUAUUGUGAACGGUGAGAACAGAUAAUUUGACUAUUUCUCACCUGUGAACCUGUUAGUAAGCUUUUUUAUUUUAAUGUACUAUGAGGAAAUGACUAUGAGUAGUUAUCUCUGCUCAAAGUGUCAUUUAGUCCGCUAAACUCUUCACACCCCAUUGUAAUCACCACUAGAUAGCUGUCCAUCCCCAGCUAUUUGGUUUGUCCUCCAUCGUGUACUAAUGAAACGUUGUAGCGGAGCAGGGCAUUGACUUUCUUCUGAUCAGCCCUUCUUUGACAGCAAAGGGAAAGUCACGGGUAGUCAAUCUGAACUUUCAUGGCUAUUUGUCCCCUCAUGGUAGCUGCUUAAAAUUCUUCAGUUAUCAAAACUGAGUUUGCAGUAAGUUGCACAUUUUAUUGUUUGCAAUUUUCUGUUUUAUGUGCAUUUAAAAGCCCUUUUCUGCUUUCUAGUAAGGAAGCAAGAAAUGAUCAGGAAUGUUGCCAGUUACAGCUUCACACCAAAAACUUUGAGUAAAUUCAUUUUGUUUAGAUGCCCACAAUGAUAGCUUGAAGAAAGGGCACCCAGUAGAAAGUCCCAGUGUAGACUUGAGGAAUUAGUAAGAAAGGAAAUUUUCCUCUCAUUUCAUCUACUUCAAAGCAAACAUCUGAGCUUACAAUUUGCUUUGCUCUUGCUGUUUCUUGUUUGAGUCCCUAUUUGGAAGAGAGAAGAACAUCUGUGAACCCAGAGAUAUCUGUUGUUUUUCUUUUAGCUAACGGAGCAAUUCUCAUCUAUUAGUAGUAGGUUUGCUAUUAAUGUGUAAAGGAAGGCAUGAAGUGUCUUUUACUCCAGAAAUAGGAAAAUUAGUGUCUUUUAAUGCUAUAAUAAGGCAAUACUGGAAUCAAAAACAAUUUUAUAUAAGGUCCUAAUUAGGUGGAAACUAGCUUUUAUUCUAAUGUUCAACUCAUGAGAAGUAGUAGCAAAGAAGGUUCACUCUGUUUCUGCAGUUUUUGGGGACCAUUUAUAAAGGCCAGUUAGACUGUGUUAAUGUGAUUUAAUUUACAGAGUUGCUGCAGUUAGUGGAUACGUUCUGUGUUCUGAGAAUCUGAAUUCCAUUCUAAUGUAUGAUGUUCAUUGGCUGUGAUCUGUAGCAUCCGAAGAAAAGACAUGUUUUCUCUCCUUCACUCUCUCUACAUAAUUGUUAAUAUUAUUUUAAUUAAAGUACUUAUGACAUUGUUUUUUCCUCUGUUAAAAAUGGCUUAGCAAUUUGCACAUCUGGGUAGAUUAUGUAGCUAGUAAACAAUUCACAAUAGUUAAUAGCAAUUACACUUAACCCACCAAGUGACAGACUAUGCAAUGAAAAAAUUUUCUAAGUAUCGUCGCGUAGCUUAUACGGCGAAGGAUUAUUUUCUCUAGUAACCUACCAUGUGAGAUAUGACUGCUUUAUAAAUGACUUCCUGAGCAAUUUCACGUUGGCAGGCAGCAUGUUGUGUCUAGUGUCCCUCCAUGAAAAGAUUAUAAUUUAAUGAGAAGCAAAUAGUAGGUAUGAAAAUAAAGUUGGAAAAAUAUUUGUUUUUCUUUUCCUUUCCUUAAAAUUGUAGUUACAUGUUGAGUGGCUCAAGGCUAAAGAAAGCUAACCCUUUAUCUUUGCCAAAUAAUUAUUUAUAAGAAUUAUUUCUUAAAUAAGCCCAAUCUCUCCACACCAAGUUAGGAAUCACCAUUUUCUGUGACUAACACUAAAACUUUUCCUCAUCAGAGCUUGUUCUCAAUCCAUGAUCACAAUCCAGAGAAGCAAAGACAGUUCUUUGAUUUGGAAAGGACGGUGUCUGGAAGACACACAGGUGCCCUCUCGGUACAGUUUUCUUAUGUGUAAGAAUUUCUGUGUCUGUGGACCUGUACCAUUCAGUUCUUAUCAGUUGGCACUAGAAUUCGAGCCUGUAGGGAACUCCCGUACUGUCGGUUAAUUGACACUUGCUCCCUCCUUCCUGCGCCCUUGUACCUGUGGCGGUGGGGGUUGGUGAUGAUGGGUCACAGCCUUCAUCAGCAGUGUCGUGGGAGACAAUUACCUUUUCUCCAAGUUAGUUCAGUAGGUUGUCGUGGAUUGGUAUUGUAAAAAGGUGGAGAUAUUAAUAACACUAAAUGAAUUAAUAGGUUUGAAAUUCAAAUGUUUUUAGAUAUCGUUUCCAUUUUCUUCAUCCUCUUUUUAGCCUUUUAAAAUUCUUUUACAUUCUGUUUUUAAUCUAGUAUACAUAGAAUAAUAUAAUGGUCUUCUAAAUGGUCAACAGAAUUCUACAGUUUAUUGAGGCAAUUUGAAGGAUUCCUAGAAAAAGAAAAUGUAGUCCUACUGAAUAGUCUUCAUUUGUAUCUCUUUCAUCACUAACACCUACAUCGCUCAAAGGAUUUUUUUUUCCUGACAAGAAAUAUAUUUCUUGGGGGUAGAGGAAGGGGAUGGGAAUAUAUAUAAAAAAUAGAACAUAGGUUUCCCCCCACCUCAAUACUUUGAAAAUAAUUGAAUCGUCACUGGCAUUCUACAGAAAGGUAAAACAUUUAAUGACUUCUUAAUAUCUUGGACUUUAUAAGCUUUCCAAUAUUCUGGAGGGAACCAAAAUCCAUGAUUAGUAGAUUAAAGUAAUAUUGUAAAUGCUAUCUUUCAAGAGAUUUGUUAUAAAAUACCAGUGAAGAUCAUAUUCGUUUUCCCCUGACCAGUGAGUUAGGAAGGAAAACAUAAAACAUAAAUUAAUAAUUAUGUCUCUCCUAAGAACCAGUGUCAUCAAUGUGGCAAUUGUGGGUCAAAUUUAGAGAGCCUUAUUUCUAAAUAGCAAGAAUUUUCUUUGCACUCCAGCUUCUUUUCACUUUAUUUUUUUUUGUUAGUUUUCCUCUCUCUGCACUGUGAUACAGAGCUAACGAAAGGAAAUGGGGCAUUUCAGAGAGAGAGCAAAUUUGGUUUGACUUUCCUUACCCUAGAUUCCCAGAUCUUGGGAAUGUUAGGCUACUUUCAAUGGCAGAGUUUUUGGUGAUCCAAAGUUUAGUGUGAAAAACAGUCUCAAAAGAGAAAACCUGUCAAACUCUUAGGAAGCCAGGUAGGCAGCACAGCUUCCUUUCGUCUUCCCUUCUGCCGGCUUGCUCAGCCCACGUCCAGUCCUGAAGUAUGCACACGUACACACGUCUGGCCUGAUCCUGGCCUAAGAGUAGUAGAACCCUCUUCUUUCGCUUUUUGUUUGUUUAUUUGUUUGUUUGUUGUUUGUUUUUAAGCUGGGGACCACUGAAGUAAGCUCUAUAUGCACCCAAAGUUCCCCUUGGAAAAAUUUUCAACAUGCAACGCAGCGGGCUCCCAUGCAGCUGAAUGCCACACCAUUGCUUUCACUUGGGGAAUAGACUGAUUUGCCCUGACAUGACUCCACCCUGCGUGGUUAGGGUACAGUGGGUUCCAGCAGAUCAGUGUGGAAGUGAUGGGAAGUCUAGUCGGGACGUUGUCUUCAUCUGCUUGAAAGGGUUGAAUCAGUUCCUCUCAACAGUGAUCGUUCUUUUCACUGUAUAGUGUUGAGUAUGUCUCAGGGAUUCCUGUGGAAAUGAGGGCAGUUUUUAAAAAUAAAAUAGUUUUCAAGAACUAAGGUGACUCAUCAUUGAAGAGAGCGCAAGAAAGAGAAAACAUUUGGUUCGUAGCCCACAGUGUCUUGCAUAGGACUUUCUUCCUUCUUCUUCAGCCUCUCAUCUCAGCUUCAGCAUACAGAAUCCUUUCCCAUCACGCACAGCUUUAAAACUUUUAUUUAAAAAUCUCCUUCCCCAAUGAGCUUUCAGAAUACUUAUUGUAGAUUUUAAGAGAAAAGGUAUAUUAAUUUAUGCUAUUAACAUCACCUCAUAAAUUAUAAGUUUUAUACUAAAGCUGUAUUGAGUGUAAUGAAUUAUGUUGCCUAUGUGUUUAAUAGCUAAAAAAUUAUAUAUGAGCUUUUUUUUUUUUUUUUUUUUUAAACAAAACAAACUAGUGAAGCACCUUUUUACACUGGAUCUCUGCCGUGUCAAGGUGUAUAGCUAUCCUUUGCUACCUUGCAGAUAUAUAAAAUAAAAGGAUAUUCUGGGGCCUCAAAAUGUAGAACACCAUUAGACCAUUUAUUACUACUCAUAGAACUGUUGAGAAUCAUGUUUCUUUAGUAAAUGAUCUGUGGUUUACACUUAAGAUGGCUUAGAAGCUUAGUUACAGGGUAAAUAGAAUACAUAGAUCAAGUAAAAUUCCCAACUACUGUAGCUGGAAUUUGUAAACUAAUUUAAGACCUCUUUUAUUUCCUAUGGAUUUAUUCUUUAAUUUACAGUUUAUUCUGUAAGUUGGGAAGUAAAAUAGAGAAAAAAUAAUAAAUCUAGAUGUUCUCAGUGUCUUAUUCAGGAACCUUUUUCUCCCUCCUCACUAAGGAAUUCCCACUGUGACUGAAAAAUAGAAUUAAAUUACUUGUGUGUAUGUACAUGUCUGUGUUUUUACACACAUGCAAAAAUAUACAUUGGGGGCACAAGUGUGAGAGAGAUGAAUGUGUGCUUCGGUAAAAAUAGAGAAAGGUAACAGAAUGUAUUGUAGAAAUAUGAUUUAUUUAGUUGAGGGUAUUUUAUUUAGUUGAGGGAGUUCCUUUCUCAUUGUCUCUUGUAUAAAUACACCAAAUUCUUCAUCAUGUUAUCUUAUGUUAAAAGGCUGGCUCUGAUAUCAUGUGCAUUUUAACAUUUUGAUUAACUUACAUUAUGCUAUGUUUUUAAAAUGACAUGAGAAACAGUAGGUUUUAAGACCAGCCUCUUGCUUUUGAGCAUAAAAAUGAGAGAGAGAGAGAGAGAGAAAGACCAAGACAUGAGCUGUGUUUAUCUAUUGGGGUGAUGGGACCAGAGAUCAUCAGUUGAACUUUUUUUUUACAUUAAUAGAUUUUGUUAUAUUCUGAGUUAGAAAAUACUAUUGACCAUCUUUUCUUGGUGAAGUUAACAAUAUUAUAGGCCUUUUAUAAAGAAUGCCACUUUUUGAAGCAACUGCUUUGUUUAAAGUGAUGGUGGGAUCAUUUCACCAUGCAUAUUUCAAAGCUGGGAUGAUUGCCGGUAUUUCCAAAAAUUGAAAAAACAAUUACUCAGUUGCGCUAUUAUUUAUGAAGUUAGCAUGUCCCCCCACCCCAUAUUUUGGCUCUAGGAAGAAUUAUGCUACCUUUGACUUGAUUCAUAUGUAAUUAAAAAAAUACAUUCCUAUAUUUUGAGAUUUAUCAUUUUGCUAUACAUUCAUUUCUGAAGUAUCUGGUGGUCUAAAAUAGUCAAAACUAGAGUUGUUAUUAAAUGCUCCAAUCACAUUUAUUUUUAAUAUUAAAAAAUCAUGUACUUUGAAAUAUGUCAAAACAACUUUGGAUGAUACACCUGAAUUUGUAGGUAUCUUUGAAGCCUCAUUCAUCUUAUAUAUAGUCAAGACCUUGGAAAGCUUUAUAUGUUGUUCUUUUUACAAUUGUAUUUUUGUAGCAUCUCCCAGUUCCAUUCACUCUUGCUUUAUGGAUUUAAGAAAAUCUGCAUAUUUCUUGUACAUAUGCAUGCAAAUGAAGGAGGGAGAUUGUAUUGGUGCCAUUUCUCCCUUCAGUUACUAAUUCAUGGGAUUUGCUAGAAUAAAACUCCCCCUGAUUGAAGGGUGAAAAUAGACCCUUGUGUAUAUCUGUACAGAGAUGUGUAUAUGGGAUGUGGUGGCACUUUGCUGAAUGUGAACUUGCCUUGUCAAUGGAAAGAUUGAGAAGUAUUAUGUUUAUUUAUACAUUUGUAUAAUCUAUAUAUACACGUAUGUAUAUGUGUGUGUAUAGAUAAAGCUAUAUACAUAUAUUUCCCUAAAAAAAUGUGUGUGUAUAAUAGAUAAACAGCCUUUGUUAAGCAAGAUUAUACAUCUCUGGAAAAUUCUGGAUUACUCUGUAAGCAGGAGGAAGUGACAGUCUAGAGUACAUCAUCAGAGCGUACUAAAAUGGAAAUCCUUUCUGUUGUAGGCUUGUUUAUGGUCAUUAUAAAUUAAUUUCUCUUAGAACUAUUCUCACUUGCCAAUUCCAUUCAUCUUCACUAACUCCUAAGUCAAUCUUUCAACAUUUAAAAAAAAAAUCACACUUCAUUGUGUUUUUUUUCUCCUUUAUGAUGUCCUUUCUAGCCAGAAGCAUUUGUCUUAAGUGUAUUUCAUUAACUUCUCAAUUGUUUCUUUUAAAGAUCUUUAUCUCUGAAAUUUCCCAGAACAUACAAGUUUUGGUAAUAUUUUCUAUAGUAAUUUUGAGAAUCAGGCAUUCGUCUUUGUCUCAAAAAACAAACAAAAAUCAACGUUCGGUCAAAACUGAUUUAAAAAUUUUACCUAGACAAUUUUGGGAUAUUUUACUUAAAAAAGAACAUUAUUAUGAUUUUAUUAUUGAUAUUAGUGUUAGGUUUAUUUCCUCAUUUAUUCUCAUUAAUUUGUCAUUUAAAAUUUAGUUUACUUUGUAAUUUUAUCAUAAGUUUACCAUUUUCAUUUUAAUGGAAAGCAUACAAAGUUACAUGUAAACCUCUUGAAUUUUAUAACUAAUUUUACUCAUGACGAAACUGCUUUAAUGAAUUCUUGUGUAAUGAAUUCUGCUCUAUUUCCUUUUGACUCUUCUCAUAUUUUGUGACAUUCUGUUUAACUCUGCUGCAGCUCUUUAGCAAACUUGCAUCUCUCUAUAUAUUGUGCCUUUAAAGCUCUUAUGCACACACAGACAAAAGUGUAUAUAUACAUGUCAGAGCAUGUGUACAUAUACUUUCGUAUAUACUCACACAGUAUGUCUCUAGUAUAUAUUGUGGGAGUGGAUAUAUAGAUACUCAAAGCAAUGAAAUGUUGCUCUCUAGGUAUAUAUGUAUAUAAAUAAUGUUGAUAUACUGUAUAUACACAUGUACAUGUAUGAGUUUUAAAUGGCAAUCUUUUACAUUUAGCAAAAUGCUGCCCUACUGGAAUAUUGUCGCUGCAAUGGCAGUUGUAUGUAAUGAUUUAAAAUACAUUAUCAAAAAUUAUUUAAAGAACAUUUAGAAGUCUCAUCUAAAGACAUCCACACAUUAUUUAUUUAUCUUCCUUUCCCUUGUUAUGUGUUUUUUUUUUUAACCGAAAGGGAGACUGUCAUUUUUUAAAUGCCAUGUGUCUCAUGGGAGAAGGCGAGAGCUGGAGACUCACUUGAGGCACCUUGUGCGUUUUUCCUGUCUCUGAAAUGGAGACGUCCCGCAAACCAGCCUGUUUAUUUCAGUUAUAAAGCAAUCCUAGUGUUUCCAUUAGUAUAUGUCAUCUACCAUCUCCCAGAUCCACUUAAUUCACCAAUCUGCCUCUUCCUUUCAUUAGUAAACAAUGGUCGUCCAGAUCAUUUCGCCUGGGGGAAGUUAACUACUCUCUCGCUGCAGGGAAAUAUGUUAUUCUGCCUUCUUCAAAAGUCAACUCUGAGAGAAGGCAGCACUCUCAUGAAGCUGUCUUAAGCAUGUUUUGCUAUUUAUUAAAGGUCUUCCCAGACAUUUUUUUAAAAAGAACUCCAAGUCUGCAUGCACUUGACAUAGAUUUAAUUCUUAUUCCCCACAGCUUCAAGUAUUUUUCAUUAGUAUAUCAAAUUGAUAAUUGAUAUUUGACACCAAAUGCGAGAAUAUUAAGAAAAUACUGUUAAAUAUUUUAUCUUGUGAUGAGUUGGCAGCAGAUUACGUUUCACGACCUUACAGAGAGAGGAUUGUAGAUGGAUAAUCCUAAAUUAUAAGAUGUUACCAAAAAAACGGUGGAUUAAGAGUAU